AUGACCGCCAGCCACACAUCUUCGCAGCACAACCAUGCUGGAAGUCUAAGUAGCGGGUCUGCUGAGAAGUCCCCCUCAAACGAAAAGCCCUCGCGAGAUACCCGUCUUGAAAUGUUCGAGAAAGACGACCAAGAUAAUCUGUAUUCUCGCCUCCGCGAUGGUGAAUCCAAAUCUCAGACUCUCGAGGACAAGCUCGGUCAACACCUCUCGAAGGUCCCGGGACCGACUACAACGAAGCACUAG